AUGAGGGCAGGCGGGGCAAUGGCGAUGGCGACACUGGUGUGCGUGGCGCUCACCGCUCGCGCCAAGAUCAUGAGAAACAACGCGCUGAUGAACCGAAUGAUGUCGCAGUUCCAGAAGGACAACAGCAUCAACCUCUCCGUGGAGCCCACGGCCAAUCCCCCCCAACAGUCGGACGUCAUGUCACUCAUGCAGGGCGUGCUGUGCAGGAACUUCCCCACGAUCCCGUGUGCGGUGAUCAUGCAGGACGACACGCUCAGCCGUCUCAUCAAGAAGUCCAUCCAGGAGAUAAACAACAAGAAGCGGUCGUUGGAGAGGACGACGCAGGCGGUCGACUACAAAACCAAAUACCCGAUCGUGAACAGCGAGGACCUGUCCAAUUUCCUCCAGGUGCAGAACACGGGCUACUUCGAAGACAGAGGGGAGAAGUACGGCAAAAAGAAACAGAAGACGGCGAAAACGGACCGGGUGGGUUGGUCGCACGAGAGCCUGAUGAGCACGAAGAAGCAGAACUCGAAACGGACCUCGAUGUACGGAAGGAAGAAGCUCAGGAAGUUCUACCCGCAUAAGGUUAAGUACAAAGACAAGAACUUGAGAGAGGCAAAGCCGGAGUUCAGGGAUUACUCUGAUGAGAAACUGUCCAUGUCGGUGGAGCUCCCAGACAUGAUGAUGACGAAGCAGCACCAGCACUUCUCGUACAAGCUGGAGCCCGCCGACCCGGCCGUGUGGCGGAUUGACUACGCCAAGCACGGGGAGCCGAGCAUGAACCUUUUAGGCUCCCUCACGAAGUCUGGGGCCAAGGCGUUCAUGGACGACAACGAGUUGGAGCCAUCGCCCAGGAAGGACGUCUUGCACCCAGACGUGUACAUCAAGAAGAACUACGUCAGACGGAACUCUGAGCUGAUAGAC